CGGCGGCUGCCUCUCGGGGACCACUGGCAGAGGCGGUGUCUUGCGCCCGCGCUCUCCUCGCAGUCGAGGCGUUCCCCGGAGACCGACCCCCGCCGCGCGGCCCAGGCUGGGGCCCGGUGAGACCCGCGGGCGGGCCCAGGGGAGCCUGUACCGGUUCCCGAACUGCGGGCGUCGUGGUAGGGGGGCAAGGGCCGCCUCCCCCGCCGCCCUCAGGGUCUGGAUGCUCUGCGACUCCGUGCUUCGCGCUCACCCGCGGCCCCCGAGGCUUGAGUCUUCCCUUCCGGGCCGGCCUCUGGCAGGGGCAGGACCAAGUCCCGCUUGCCGGGCCCACGGGAUCCUGGGGCCGGGAUCUGGUCCGCGCGGGGCAGGGGGUCGAGAAGCAGGACCCUCUGGGCGGUGGAUCGGCCAAGCAGGGCUGGGCGGGGCCGGCGGCCGGGCGGGCAGGCGCUGUCCAGGGGCUACGCAGCGAGCUGGGUGCCCGCGUUCUCAGCGUGGGGCGGCUCUGGGCCGGGGUCAGGCUGGGUUUCUGUCGCUGCCCCGCCCGGCCCCGCCCUCUCCUGACCUCCUUUCACCCCUGGCGGGUCCCCGCGCGCCGGGCGCACACGGCGGCCAUGCGGGAUCCUCUAGCCCCAGCCCCUCGGCCCUGUGCUUUGUUCCUUCACCGUAUACAGUUCCACUCAGGACCCCUGCUCCUCGGGGAGCAGCGUGGGGGUGGGGGUGAGGGGCGGAAGUGGCAAGACCUAGAGCAACAGGAAAUGACUUAGGGAAAGUCCCAACCGCAGCCCCCUAGCCCCCUGCUGUAAACACCCCCCACCCUGCAGACUGGGGAAGGGCCUGUGGGGCCCUCCCGACCGACUUCCCCUUGCAGAACCCAGCGGGUGCCGCAUCUGCACUCGGGCCCUUCACCAUCUCCAACGAGCCAUGUUCCCGGCUGCAGGAACCGCCCAAGCCACCCCCUCUCAUGAAGCCAAAGGUGGCGGUGGCGGCAGCACUGUGCAGCGCUCCAAGUCCUUCAGCCUGCGGGCCCAGGUGAAGGAGACCUGUGCCGCCUGCCAGAAGACUGUGUACCCCAUGGAGCGGCUUGUGGCAGACAAACUCAUCUUCCACAACACCUGCUUCUGCUGCAAGCACUGUCACACCAAGCUCAGCCUGGGCAGCUACGCGGCGCUGCACGGGGAGUUUUAUUGCAAACCCCACUUUCAGCAGCUGUUUAAGAGCAAAGGCAAUUACGAUGAAGGGUUCGGCCGCAAGCAGCACAAGGAGCUCUGGGCUCACAAGGAGGUGGACCCUGGCACCAAGACGGCUUGAGACCCCUUUGACAUUCCGUUUCCUCGGCAGGCCGGGGCGGGCAGGGGGCUGGGUGGGAAGGAGGCUGGGUCUGGGCUUGGGCUGGGGCGGGUUGGGGAGGGGCGCGGCUUGCUCAGGCAGAGGGUCUCGGGGCAGGGCCCCGCUCCAGGACUCCUUCCUUCUCCCCCAGGGUUGGCGGUUUGGAACCAGGAUUGGGGUUUGUUCACCUCCCUGCUUCCUGCAGCUUUCCACCCCAGCUUCCCUAUCUAGGUGCCUUUUCUCCAGCAAGGAGUCAGCAUGCCCCCCUCAGGGUCCCAAGCUCCCUCACUGCCACCCUGGUGGGGCCAUAUGUGGCCCCCUUGUAUCCCCAUCUACCUCUGCCCUUAGCCUGGUCCUGAGCCACAGAGACAGGGAGCAAAGAGGGUGCCACCUGUUGGGCCUCAUGAAUGCUGCUGCAGCUUAUGGGGGAGGGGAUGGGGAAGUGGAGCCACCCUGCCCCGGCAAAGCAGGGCCUGUCCCAGCGGGGCUUGGGACCAUCUUGAACCACGGGCAUCCAUGAAAAGCAGAAGUAAAGCACCCACCAGGCUGAGUGCCCCAGAGACUGGCAGCAGGGCUGGCCAUGGCCCUCGGCUUCCCUGUUUCUGCCCAUCUGUUGUGAUCAACCCCAUUUUAAACAUGU